AUGAAAGACCUCUGCCGGUACCUGGUGUUGAAAUACAUCCAGUAUCUAGUCCUACCUUCUCCAAACAUCAUCAUCUCUCUCCUGGGAUCUUUUGCCAGUCUAUAUGUUUUGCUGAUAUUAACAUUUCCUUUGGUUUCCAGAAAAUCCACUGUGGUGUUUAUUGGUAGCAUAGCCCAGGCAGACAUCUUAGUUGGCUGUAGCAUGUUUUCUACCAUCUCGGCAGGCAUGAUAAGGAAUGAGCCACCAUCAGCUUCUUUUCAAUCAGCCUUGAAGCAGAACUUCCAAAUUGCAAAUAUACAUGCCAGUUCCCUUUUACUCAACUGUGUUACCCUUGAGGCUUUUCUGAUUACUUUUCUUCCAGUAGAGACACGCCACAUAAGGAAUGUUAGAUGUGCCAGAGUCGCUUCUAAAAUCAUCUGGGCUGUUGUAAUUACUGAGUGUUUCCUUUAUCAGCUCGAAUGUGUCAAAGGCUUUAAUAUCUCCUAUCUUGGCAUUCAUAGGCAAAUUCAGCUAUUGAUGAAUUUCUUUCAUGAGGCCACAGCGCUACUGAAAUUUUUUAUUUACCCCAUUGGAGUUCUUUUAAGGAUCUUCAAUGUAUAUCUUUUUUAUAAAAUGUAUUUCUGA